AUGGUAAUUGGAAUUGAAGAUGAUUUCACCUUCAAAGAGGACGAAGAGGUUGCCAUUCCCCGCGCCUCGUUAAACAAGUAUAUAAAGGACAUUCUACCAGACGCUCGUCUUGCCAUCGAGACACGAGAGCUGCUUCUCAGCUGUUGUCACAAAUUCAUCCAUCAGCUCUCUACUGAAGCUAAUGCCGCCUGCGCUCGAGCCAAAAAGAAGACAAUCAACCCUGAACACAUUCUUAGCGGCCUCGAUUCUAUGGGCCUGUCUAGCUACGUUGCCGAUGUCAGAGCGGCUAAUGAGGGCGCAAAGGUGGAGCUAAAGGAUAGACGAAUGCUCAGUGCGAGUCACCGAUUCAAGAAGCAUGACAGCGCUGAGUUGCAGCGACUCAUGGAAGAGCAGGAGCGGAUUUUUGAGCUGGCUCGUGCGGGGAUGCUGGAGGAGCAGCAGCAAGUGAACGAGAGCGACCUGGUGAAGGCCGCCGCCUCUACGAUGGCAGCGUUAGGGGGUGGCAACACCGCCGCCACCGAUACCUCGUCUAAAGGGAAUACCUCCUCUUCCGCCGCUGCAACCUCAUCAGUGGACAAUAAGCCCUCCACGUCUAUUCCAGCCUCUGCGCUCCUUUUAGGCGGUCUGACUGGUGUGGACGAGGAAGAUAAUUACGAUUGA